CUGUUCCCGCCCUCCCGACGAAAGGGGGCGCGGCGCCAGUCGGGCUCUGGGGGGCGUCGAAUGGCGGGGGCGGGGCCUAGGGCACGCGGCCGUUGGUAGGUCACGAGCUGGAGGAUGGCUCAGGGGCAGGGUAAUGAGUGAAAGUGAGGAUGACUGGCUCUCUCUUAUGCCUACUGAACCCUUGCCAUCUCAGUGCUGUGGCAGUGGCUGCAAACCGUGUGUCUAUGAUGUGUAUCAGAAGGAGCUAGCCCAGUGGGAAGAAGCCAAAGCAAAGAAAGACAGAAGCCUCCUGACCAAACAGAAGGAGGAGAGUAGUAAUUCAGAAUUAAAUCCAGAUACAUUUACUGCAUUCAAGAUAAGCUCUGUGGAACAGCUAACAGAGGACACCUGCCAGUAUACAUUUCAGCUGCCAGGAAAUAGCAGCCUGGGAUUGAGUUUAGGACAACAUAUUGUGUUAAGAGGGAUGGUGAAUGGUUUGGAGGUUCAGAGAGCUUAUACUCCAGUUAGCCCUGUAAAUGCUGAAGGAUACUUUGAAGUUUUAAUAAAAUGCUAUGAGGCUGGGCUAAUGUCACAAUAUGUAAAAUCCUGGAUUGAAGGAGAUACAGUCUUUUGGCGAGGGCCAUUUGGAGGCUUCCCAUAUAGCCCUAAUCAGUAUGGAGAACUUCUUAUGCUUGCCUCUGGUACUGGCAUAGCACCAAUGCUCCCCAUCCUCCAGUACAUAACAGAAAAUGAAGAUGAUGAAACCUUUAUAACCCUGGUUGGUUGCUUCCAGACUUUUGAAAAUAUUUACUUGAAACCUCUUCUCCAAGAUCAGUCUCGAUACUGGAACGUCAGAACGCGUUACGUCCUUAGCCAGGAAUCUUCCCUGGAAAAACUUCCUUGGAGCUAUCAAGAAAACACACACACUGGCCGUAUAACUGAGAACUUGAUUAAGAAAAUGAUAAAUUCCUGUAGAAGAAAGCCAUUUGUGCUGAUUUGUGGCUCAGUAGCAUUUAAUGAAGAUAUGACUAGAUGUUUGAAAGCCAUAGGACUCAAAGAGGAUUCCUAUUUUGUAUUUUAGCAGUGUGUUCCAGACCUGCUUCCUCUGAAAAGAAGUGCAGACCAAGCAUGCACCUGUUUGCUGUUUCCUAUGCAAACAUCAAUUUGAACUUGUCCUUUGACCAGUUUGGGUUUCUCGUGCAUAUAUUUUCAUAUGCUUUUGUAUAAAAUAUUUUAUACAGUGUCUUUAAUAUAAUUCUUAAUAUAUUAUUUUAGAAAUCCCUACAGGCUAGCUGACAAACCAAACUUGCUACAAUAACUUGGCACAGCCAGGAAAGAGAAAAAUGAUAGUGGAAGCAGUAACUCAAAGUUUCAUGAAAGAGACAUUUAACAUUACUUUUACCUCAUUUUUUUGUGUCAUCACUUUCAUUUUGUAAUUAAAAAGUAGAAGGUAAGUAACUCUGCUCCGAUCUGUGCAUCGUUGUCAUGGCACUAACACCCUGAAAGCCAUUUGGGUCUGUCAUGUCACUGUGCACUAUUGGGAACUCUUAAUCCAUAGGUUAUUGCCAUAAGGGACAUUAAGUGUAUGUCUACACUGCACAAAAGACCAGGCUUUGAUGCAGGUUUGAACCUGAGCCCAUUCCAAAUCAGUCAGAUUCAAGUCAGCAAGCAAUCAGGACACAGGUCCUAGGACCUUCCGAGGGCGGUGGGUCAGAGCCCGACUCCUGUUGUGACUCAAGUCCAAGCCCUCUCAUUUUGCAGUGUGAACAUAGGUCAAACCGAAGGUCUGUGUAGUGAAAUAGUAUGGAUGCGUUAACACAGCUAUGAGACCUGGAUCCAGCAAUUGUAAACCCAGGUUUACAAAGCAGUGUGGAUGCUCAAACACGGGCUUGGAAACACUGAGUCCACGAGCCUGGGUCCCAGAGACCCAGGUUUACAAUGCAGUUAGACAUACCCUAGUACUUCUGGUCACUGCGCAUUUAUGCAGCCUUGCCUCAUGAUGUAUUGAUGCACUGGUAUGGGUUUGCACUGUAUACCCAAAAAAUGUAAAAUCCUUUAUCAUUUGUGUACAACACUUCACAUGGAGAAUAAAAAUGUAUCCUAAAAAUCUAUUUGAGAAAGUGUGUGCAUGAUGUUCUAGCUGCUGUUAAACCUCAGUUUCUCAGGGAUGAUGAUUAUUUGCUUUUCCUGCUCCCAAGCAUUUUAUAAUCUCUGUUGUUUAUGAAAUGGAAGCUAUUUUCAAGGUAGAAAAGCUGUUUCAUGGUGACUGCCUGACUUUUCCAUAGGCAGAGGGCUGCCAGAACUGACUUUGUGAACUUCCCAGGAACACUGCCUCAUAUCUGGAGUAAUGUUUGGGUUUUCCACAGGGCUGUUCUGGAAUGCUCUAGCAUUGUGGGGGGAGAAAGGGGCAGUGCAUAGAAGCUGCUAGGUAAAAGUACAUCCAGUGAUAUGAUGAUACUUAGCUUUGUAAAGCACUUUGAGGCAGACCGGUGAAAAGCACUGUGUAAGAGCCAGGUAUUGUUAUAGGGUAUGACAAGGCAUCUUGUGCACAUAAGUGUACAUGUGAUGUAUGGCGCACAUAGUCUCUCUCCACAUCUUUAAAUUCAUCUGUUAAUUAGCAUUUUUAUUCUGUUUUAGAGUUUCUUCACACUGUGUAUGCUGUAGCUAUGGCAUAGUUCCAAGUUUGUCAGCAAACACCCGUGUCUGAGUGUCUCUCUUUACUUGUAGCUAAUAACAUACCUAAGCUCUUCCUAUGCGAAGGAGAUGUAUUUGGAUUGUUACUCGAAAUAAACAGCAUGAACCAAAA